AUGUUUUAAUUUUCAGACAAAUAAAUUUCAGAAAAUAAAAGAAGAAAAUCAGAAUUAGCAUCAUUAAUAAAUGAAUUAACUAUUGAUUAAAAGAUAUCUUUAUGUGUUGAAAUUUUAGAAAAGAAUCCAGAACAUCGUAAAUCAGAAGAUAUCCAAGUACAAUAUAAUAUUAUAACUAGGUUAUUUAAGCAUUUACAAGCUAAAAUAAAUUUUUAAAAUAGAUUUAAUAAGAAGAAGGCGAAAUAACCUUAAGAGAAUGUUAUAAAAGAAUGUUCAUUGAAAUUUACGAAGAAGUAUAAAUUAUAAAAAUAUAAAGAAUUAAGUAGUAUUAGAAUAAGGAGAUAAGGCUUAUUCAUUUUUUAUCAUAUUGAGUGGCAAUGUAUCUGUUUAUGUGUACAAAGAUCCUAAACUUGAUAUUAAAAUAGAAGGUUUGGAUAGAGCAACUAUAAUAAAAAAAAGGUAAAUAGAUUAAAAAUAUAAGAGAGAUCAUUUAAUACAAAUAAACUCAUUUAAGGUGAAAGUUUUGGAGAAAUGGCAUUAUUAAAUGAUAAUUUAAGAUCAGCCAGUAUUAUUUGUGAUAGUAAAUGCAUAUUUGGAGUUCUAAAUAAAAAGGAUUAUAAAGAAAUAUUAUAAAAAGUAUAUGAAAAUAGAGUCAAUUAAUAAUUAAAAGAAUUUCAUUCCUGUAUGAGAUAAUAUAAUGUUUCGACAAAACUAUUAGAUAUACUUUUUAAUGCUUUUCAAAGUUUCCAUUAUUAAUUUCGAUAAACUGUUUAUAGUCAAGGUCAAUAAAGUAAAUAAGAAAUAUAUUUAAUUAAAAAUGGAGAAUUCCUUAUUACAGAAAAUAAUGAUAAUUUAUCCAGUCCUAAAAAAUUUGUUUCAUAUGUGGCAUUAUUAUAAAAAGGUCAAUUUUUUGGAGAUCAUGAAUGCUUUCUGAAUAUUGAAAAACGUUAACAAAAUGUUAUUUGUAAUUCUGAAAAUGGAGUAGUCUUAAAAAUUUAACUUAGUAGUUUAAUUUAAAGACUAUAAUCUACUAAUUAAAUGCAUUUAUAUGAUUAAUUAAGAAAUGCUUGUUUAUAAAGAGAAUAAGUAAGAUUGGAAAGAAAAUCAAGACAAGUUACUCAAGAUGA